AAAGGGGAAAAAAAACUACACAGCUAUCGCAUGCUCAGCCCACAAAGAGAAAUAGUAUUGGAGAGGCAGGGCAGCGGGGCAGAGGUGCAGAUGAAAAGAGCCUAGAGAAAAUACUUCUUCCAGCUCUGAUAUACAACUACCAGACCUCCAAAAUAAAAAUGAAUGGACAGAAGCAGUGGACGCGGGUGGCUGUGAUGGCACUCCUGGUGCUAACAGUGAUGGCAGGCGAGGGAGGCAAAGAAGGGAAACAAGGGAAGAAGGAGCGCAAGUCAGACUGUGGUGAGUGGCAGUGGAGUGUGUGUGUAGCCAAUGAAGGCGACUGUGGACUCGGCACCAGGGAGGGCACACGCACCGGCACCGACUGCAAGCAGACCAUCAAGACUCAGCGCUGCAAGAUCCCCUGCAACUGGAAGAAGAAGUUUGGAGGAGAAUGCAAGUACGAAUUCCAGGCUUGGGGGGAGUGCGAUCUGGCAACAGGCAAGAAGAACAGGACGGGCGUGCUGAAGCGAGCACUCAUGGACGCGACCUGCGCCCCCACCGUCACCGCCACCAAGCCCUGUGGGAAGAUCCCCAAAGCUAAACCGCAAGAGGUAAAGAAGCAAAAGAAGGACGGCAAGAAGCGAGAUCGUACCCAAAUGGACUGAUGAGCUUGUUUGUCCCGGGGAGGAAGGAAGAAGAGGGCGGAAAGACGUCCACUGCCCUGUUUCAACACGGUUCCUCUUUGUGUGUCCUGUAGGUUGACAGUAGGAGCCUAUAGAGCUUUGACAAAACCAGUGGAAACAUGACUUUUAGUGACAACAUGUUUUACUUUUUCUUCUUUCUAGCACCUGAUAAGAAACAACGUGUAUGUUGCGAUAGCUGAUAUUAUAAUACUCAGCAGUAGGGACCAAUAAUGAAUAUGGAAAAGAGAUUUGUUUACUAGUGUUCUUCACCUAAUGAUGUUAUUUCUAGGAUUAUUUUUCUUACGAACAAAUUGGAUAGGAUUUGUUUUACACUUGCAUAGCCUAACUCUAAUUUGGGAAACUCUUUGGUCCAUGCCUCGACUUAAUGAAGCAGUUGGCUAAAAGUGAAGCUCUAAACGUCUUCACUUAAUUAAUUUGAGGAAAAAAAAGUGGUGCAUUUGCAAUUUUUCCAAGUGUCUUGAGUUAAUAGUAACGCUUUCCCCCCAUUGCUCUGUGCUAUAUGAUAUUUUUCUUCCAUUUCCAGUAAGAAUAAACAAGUUAGUUCUGUCUGGAGGCUGCAUGAAAUAGCAUCUGUACAAGUGUGCAAACUUACUGUUUUUAGAGUGUUUUCCUCCUGCUGCUCUGUUGUACCUCAAUUUAUACCCACUGAUUUUUACUCUCCAGCUCUCAGCUGUAAAAAAAAAUAAAUAAAAAUUAAAGCCCUCAGUAUUGUAGUUGGAGUUAACAUUCCCUUUUGUUUCCAAAAAUAAAAGUAAAUAAAAAAAAUG